AAACACCUAUAACAAAAUUUCCUUGAUGCACUUGAGAGUAGGCGCCCACUUUUUGGCCCAACGUUCUUUGAAUUUCCAAAUCCCAGUCCUUUGUCUCUCUCUCUCGCCGGUAGGGUUUCAAAUCAAACACCUAAAGUAGAAAAUGCUCAAUUACACCCACUCCACUCUCCUAUCCAAUCUUCUCUCUUUCUCUUUUUGCACUUUCCCAUCUUCUUAAAAUCCAAAUCUGUCAUUCAUAAAAAUUGCACAUUUUACCCAUCCAGCAAUUAUAGAAUGAACUCCGAAGAUUCGAUAAAGACCCUUUUGGCUUCUACUGGCGAUGAUACCGUUAAGCUAUUUGACCUCUCUCUGGAACCCCGUGAUCCCUGCAUUCUUAGCUACACUCCUUCCCCUGAUUUCCAAGUCAACUCCAUCAAGUGGAACCACACUAAUUUGGUGGUGGCAAACGCUGGAGAUGACAAGAAGAUAUCAUUGUGGAGGAAAAAUGGACAGGAUUUGGGAACUGUACCAAUGGGCGGCACUGAUGGUGCUGACAAUAUCGAGGUGCAUAUAACAGGUUCGAAAUUGUUGCAGAUAGAAAUCUGGUGUUUAAGUGGAGAAGGAAGAUGAUAGACCCAUUAUCUACCAAGUUUUGAACCAUUCACCACGGACCCUUGUAAAAUCAAAAAAAUAUUGAUUGUAAUAAAUUAUGCAUGUACAAUCUAAUACACACUUUGAUAGCCAUGUAUCAUCUAAUACACUGAUAGUGUCAUGUAGAUUGGUGGAUGUUGCACUGAUUAGUGGAUAUUGCACUCAAAUAUUCUCAAAUAAUUACUUUUCUAUUUUCCUUAUUUUUAG